AUGUCAGUCUCCGCCACAUUUGACCGGACUCUUUUCAGUGACAAGGACGGCGGCGGCGGGGCCGGAGGCGCCACCAUCGUCAAGCACCGAUUCUUCAGCUUCUUGAUCUGGCAGUUCCUCCAAUCGACUCUCCUGCUUUUCCUCGCCAAAACCCUCUUUCUUCUCCCCUUCACCCAAAACCCUUUCACUCCCGUUAUCCUCUCGUUCGCUUCCUUCGUCUCCUUCCAUUUAGCUCUUCUCCUCCUAUCGGUUUCCCUCUUCUUUGUCUCGUCUCCUCAUCCUCUCCCCUUCGCCUCCCCCUUUGAAGUCUCGGUUUGGUUCGUUCGCCUGAUUUUUGUCGCCGGAGGUGACCGGAGCUUGCUGAGGAGGAGGGUCAGGGUGUCGUUGAGCUUUGUGCUGUUUGUAAACCUGUGUGCUGUGGCGGGGGCGCUGUCGGCGAUUUGUGUGUGCUGGGGCUGCGAUGCUUAUUAUGAUGGAGGUUCGAGGUUGAAGGGGGUUAACGUUUUGGGGAUGUUAGGGUUUAGGGGCUUUGUGCUCGGUUUGUUUUACGGGGUGCAUUAUGUGUAUAAUAGGCGGUGGGUCUUCAGGUUUCCAGUUAUUCAGCGGCCUCCAUUUUUCAGCUUCAAGAUGGGGCUUCCCAUAGCUAUACGACGGACGUUAAAGUUAUCUGCGUUUGGCUUUGUAAUAUCAGGUGUAGUGACUUUCUUCCUGCCUAUGAUGUACAGAAGUCAGGGCUCGUUGUCAAAGUUUGUUGCGGAACAAGUCGUUUUCUAUAUUGGGAGUUUUGUAGUAAUUCUUUGUUGGGAACUUGCUCAUCAUUUACACCAGGUGCUGCAUACAAAGAGAUUUCUGUUUGCACCCUCUAAAGGAUCAGCAGCAGCAGAAACAAAUCCAAGCGAGCCCCUACUUGCUACAUUAGAGGAAAGCAUGCCAAAAUCACUUUUACAAUACCUUGCGUACCUCGAUCUCUGCAUGGUAUGUGAAAACAAUGUUGACACGUGGCGUCGAGCUGCAUUCUUUGAGGAAACUGGGGAAACAUAUAAAAGAGUGAUAGCUACCUGCCUGCGGCCUUUGGAAGAGUUGACGCAAAAUCUUGCUGAAGGUCUACAGAGCUCGUCAUCUGAAAAAUCAAUGCAGUUAUCGUAUCAGCUGAGUUCACCAACCGAACGGCAUGCAGUUUUGAAACUCCACGAAUCAUUUUUUGACUCCCAGCUAUGUGCAUGGUGUGCCCGUAUCCUUGCUUCAUUGACUGCAAGGUCACAUAAGGAGGACAAAUUUGGCGUCGCCCAAAUCUCAGGUAGCAAUGCUGCUGUAAUCUCGACUUUGUUGUCUGCCUUAUUAGCAGUUGAGACUCUCAUGGGAAAGAAGACCCACGUACAGUCUUCACAUUUGAUGGGCCCUGCCGGAAUCAAAUGGGCCACCGUCAACACUGGCCGGCGAGAGUCUACGUCUGGGGCCAUGCAAAAAAUAAGAGGAAGCCCUCUUUAUGACGAUGCAUAUUUUAUGGCUGAUGUCCUGAAAACUUCUGUUUUCUGCAUAGUCUCUGUUUUUCAUGAUGAGAUAAUAAAUAGUGGGAAAGCGGGACUUUUGGAGAAGGAUUGGAUCAUUAGCAGCAAACCCAUUUAUGGUACAACAGAGCUUCUUGUACACAAGCUGCGACAAUUCUUGGAUUUCCAGGCGAAUUAA